CAUGAGGCAGCAACGUGUGGGCGCAGACUAUGCCCUCAAGUAACUUGACCUACACUUACCUGUCCUCUGCCGUGUUGGAUUUGAGAGUCUUGCAUAAUUCAACGACUCGAAUACAGUGUCCAGAUUAAUACCAAAAGCAAGAGGGUAGUGCAUAUGUCGAUGUUCAACGUGCUCGUCGUUGGCCAAACUGGAUGCGGGAAGAGCUCGGUCGUGAACAUGCUCGCUGGAGAAAGCCGGGCACCCACGUCUCACGACCUCAGUCACUGUACUAAACACUGGGUUGAGUACGCAAUUCCAGUCGACGGCCAUUCAUUCCAGGUCUUUGAUACCAUUGGUUUUCUCGAACCCGGGCUGGAUACAAAAGGGUACACGGAAGCUAUCGCUGAUACAUACCUCGCAAUCGAUACUCUAAGGCAAAGAGGCGGCAUUGAUCUACUCCUUUACUGCGUGCGCGACGAAGAGAUUGAGAAGAUGAAGGGUCACUAUAGGUUGUUCCAUGAAGUGUUUUGUGAUGAAGAAGUUCCAGUCGCUCUUGUCGUCACGAAUCGUGGCAUGAGCCACAAAGUCUACAAGGCAAUUUUCCGCUCGCACAAAAUCGCCUGUGUGGAUUACGUCUGCGCAAACAUAGCUAGCACGCCUGGACGUAGUAAUUCAGUUGCGGACACCGAAUCGCAGAAGGCGAUCAAGGAACUGCUAGUGAAAUGUUGCGAUGCGGGACCUAAUCCUAGGUCCACUCUGCAACAGCUAUGGCAACGAGUUCAGAAACUCGUCGGGACAGACCAGUCUCAUCGAUCUCUCAAACGAAAUGAAGUAUCCGCGUUGCUCACGCGGCGUUGCAAGAUGGAACAGGAGGUGGUCGAGCAAUUGCUCACGGCCCUGAACCUCCAGUCACCGUCAAGUCGGCUUCAUCGGGCACCCUAUGCAGGCGCUGCAACUCGCAAAUUGCUUUCGUCAGAGAACGGCGCUAGUACUCGAGAUGAACAAGUGUCAGAUGCCAGGCCAAGCUCUGGAUCUCAGUUACAUUCCGUUGCGGAUAGUACCUCUCUGCAUUCUCACUCAGACAACUGAUGCCGUUAACGAGCACCAAUCUGUCAGACCUAUACCAUAUGCUUCCCUCCUACAUGCUGUUCGAAUUCAGAAACGACGCGCUGAUGCCAUAAGGCGUUCCAGGACGACCUGAAUGCUUACACAACACAUUGCGUGGACGAACCAUCACAUUGACUACGUUAAUGACCUCACAAGGGCAUAGGAUUAUCGAUAGAAAAACAAGA